CAUCAUUCAUCCUCGUCUAAAACACAACAAAGAUUUUCUCAAAUUCAGAUUCCUCUCGGGAGUUCAGAUUCUUGAUUUCGAUUAAUCGAAGAUGAAUUCGAUGUUCAGUUCGUUCGACGCUCUCUGCGCGGAGCUCAUGGGCAUGAAAAUCGCUGCCGCGUCUGCGUUUAGCGGUUGCUCUGAACGCAACGCUGCAGCUGCCGGCGAUCAAUCCGCGACGCAGAAGACUGAUAAGAAGAAGACGCGUUCGCUGCAGAAGACUCCGCGUUUCGCUCCGGAGCUCGACGGCCUUCACUGCUUCGAGACCAUCAUCCCUUCUUGAUUCGAUUCUUUCACGGACACCAAAGACGAUUUUUUUUUAUAUAUGAUUAGUUUGUCUGAAACUGGGUUCCUGUAUUGUUCUUGCUCUCCGAUUCGUUAUGCGUAUACGAUGAAAUUCGUUAUAGAAUUCGAAUACCUAAUCACUAUUUGAUUCGAUUC